AUGAAUUUCAAUUUACCCGAAGAGCUCAAGUCUUAUCUUCAAUCCAUAGAUUCAUUCAUUCAAUCUUCGAUCCUUCCAUUGCAACAUCAGGACGACAAUAAUCGUUUCUUCGACCACCGUCGCGAAAAUUCACGGACGGAUUGGGACAAUAAUGGCAAUCCACGGCGUGAAUGGGAAGAUUUACUGACACAAGCGCGUAUUCUCGCUGACAGGGCGGGCUUCUAUCGAUUCGCUCUACCUAAAGAAUAUGGAGGCGAAGAGCACCCCAAUACUAAUCUGUGGAUGUCCGCCAUCCGCUUCCAUCUAUCGUCCCACCCCGUCUAUGGAGGCGGCCUUGGUCUAGCCAAUGAUUUGCAGAAUGAGCAUAGCAUUGUCGGGAAUUUCCCGGACAUCCUGAUGAUUCAUCAUUUUGGUAACGAAGAACAGCGCCGAACGCUGAUUCCAGCUCGUCUUCGCGGCGAUUUCCGGACAACAUUUGGGUUGACCGAGCCUGACCAUGGCAGCGACGCUACAUUCAUGUCAACGAUAGCAUGCCGAAAAGGAAAUGGGUUUGCAAUCACCGGAGCGAAGAAAUGGCAAACAGGUGCUCACCACUGUACGCAUUUCCUCAUUUUUGCCAGAACAUCAGGCACUGCUGGGUCGGCUAAUGGAAUAACUGCAUUCCUAAUUCCCCGUGAGACGCCUGGAGUGCGAAUUGCUAGUUAUGAGUGGACCUUGAACAUGCCCACUGACCAUGCAACGAUCGAGCUCACACGUGUCUGGGUUCCCGAAUCAGCAGUAUUGGGGUCGAUCGAUCAAGGACUGGCCAUCGCACAGACCUUUGUGCAUGAGAACCGUAUACGCCAGGCUGCUAGCUCUUGUGGUGCUGCACGCUUCUGUCUCGACCGCAGCAUCGAGCGUGCGCGUACGCGGAAGAUCUGGGGCGACGAGAAGAUACUAGCCGACAACCAGGCCAUCCAGUUCCCAGUGGUAGAGCUCAUGACACAAGUGGAGAUGUUACGGCUCCUUAUCUUGAAAACUAGCUGGGAUAUGGAUCUCCUGGUGGCUUCAAGUCGAUCAGGCACGGCCCAACAGCCUCCAUGGGUGGCAAUUGAGCGCCAGCUGAGUGAUAAAGUCGCCAUGUGUAAUUUCUGGGCAAACCGACUAUGUUGCCAGGCGGCCGACCGGGCAAUUCAGAUUCACGGAGGCGAUGGAUACUCCCGCCACUACCCCUUCGAACACAUCUAUCGCCAUUUUAGGCGUUAUCGUAUUACAGAGGGUGCGGAGGAGAUCCAGAUGCGCAAGAUUGCAGCGUAUUUAUUUGGCUUUGCAGGACCCAUGAAAGGUGAAUUCAAGGCACGAGAAAGAGCGAAGGCAAAGAUUUAA